AUGCCGAAGCGCAAACGUGCCGCAUCUGAGGGCUGCUGUCCGCUAUCGUCUCGCGCCUCCCACAGCAAGUCCUCAUCGCCCCCCCUGACCACGGCCAACCUCGAGCUCCUGCAGCAUUCGCUCAGCGCACCCGUACCCGCACACGCACCCGUCAUCCCCCCCGCUAUGCCUCCCUCGGCCUCCAACCGCUCAUCGUCGCCCAGCCGUAGCGGCACCACAUACGACGCCAUCCAAAAGCUCGAGGAGUACAACAUCUUCAUCGACGACGCGCAAGCGCUUCCAGACUGUCUGCAGCGCUUCGUUGACGACGUCAUACUGAAGCCUCGCGAUCCAGCAACUGCGCCGUCCCCAAACGCAAAGAAAAUCGUCAAACGCCAACGGGCCGCCGCCCGCGUCAACGAGGCGGCCGGCAGAGAGCAGCUUGUGCCCUACCUUCUCUUCCAGGGAGAAUUCAACGACAGGGAAGGCGUCGAGCUGGUUCCAUUCAUCAAUUGUCUGCCUGAAGAGCGCCUCAACCGCUUCUUCCUUCCUCCUUGCCCGGACGAAAAGAAGAAGAAGACGUGGGGUCCACUCACGCAGCCGAGGCCAGACACCUGCAUUGGGUACCUGCAGAGAGGCCAUGCGCGCGCAGCAGGUUGUGAAGCACCCUUCACCGACACCGAACAGACCAUUUUGAACAACUACGUCAUCAACAAAUCCAUGUACGCGCCCUUCCUCACCGGCCAGUGGAAGUCGCCCCUCGGCACAGAAAACAUCCUUGUCGCACGAUGCCAGGCCGCCCGAGACGGAGCGACUGUCGUCAGCUACCUCUCCACUUUCUACCGCAUCGCAUACGGCCGCGAGCCAUCGCCUGUUGACGCCUGCCACUUUUCCGUCAUUGGCGACGUCAUUACUGGCCAGAUCUGGAUUCACUACCAGCUUGAAGGAGCGUACUACAUGCACAAACUGUGCAGCUUUGCCUACGAUGACCAAGCCUCCCUCGAGCGAGCGCGAGGAUACCUGCACAACAUCAAGCAUCACGCUCUUGGUACGCGCCUGCAGUCUAUCAAGGACGCGUUGCCGGCCUUCGAGGCGGGGAAGAGGGUCAAGCCCUUUCCAGUAGUGGACAUGACCGAGAGUGGGGGGCCAUUGCCUUCGCUGCCGGACACAGACGCAAGCAAUUUCCGAGCACCAAUGACUCCGGCGUCCGUCGUCUCGUGA